UUAUGUACAUAAAAUAACCUAACUUUCACGUGUUUUCUAGUUUUUUUGUGAAUUUUUUUGUACUGUUACACGGCAACUGAAUACGAUUCAAUUUUCCAAUAAUAUAUUCAUGCACCUACUGAAAAAUGAAGUCCACAAAACAAACGAAACCACAUAAUUUGAAAGCACUUGAGAUUAAACUUAACGAAUCCUCGAUAAACCCACACACAAUAUAUUUUAAAGAACACACUGUAAGAGAACAGAGUAAUGAUAAACCCCCAGGAAGGACUCUAUUCCUGAUAAAUAUACCACCUUACGUCGAUGAAAAAGGAAUAGCAAAUGCGUUCAGUGAAGCUGGCGUUGUCGACAAUGUCAUUUUCGCCUGUAAACCUAGCCCAAGCGAAGUCAAAACUCACAAAUUUAUCAAAGAACACUUACAACCUUCUUUUAGGGUUUGCUACAUGGUGUUUAAAAAAGUGGCGCAACUACAUAAGGCACUAACACUAACAAAAUUACGUCCAAUUACUUCUAAUGAUCAUCAAAUUUUAGUUGGUAUGAAAAAAUGGGCUGAGGAGUACAAUUCGUCUGUAGUGCCAUCUAAAGCAUUGAAGGAAAGCAUAGAAAGUUUCAUGAGAGUACAUGACAAAGAAAUGAAAGAAAUUGAAAAGAUUAGCAAGAAAUUGGAGAAAGAAGAUGAUGAUGGAUGGAUAACCGUUACAAAGAAAGGCAAAGUUCAAAGUUUUGCUCGUUCAGAAAAAGUGGAAAACAAAAUCAUGGCUAAAGAAGAGAACAAUAAAAAACGAAAGGAACUUAAAAACUUUUACACUUUCCAAAUAAGAGAAUCAAAAAUGAAACACAUUGUUGCAUUGAGGCAAAAGUUUGAGGAAGACAAAAAGAAGAUAGCUCAAAUAAAACAGAGUAGGAGGUUUAAACCAUUUUAAAUAAAAACAUCAUGUAGUAAAGAA